AUAAGACAGACCGCGGCCGCAGUGAAGUCGCAGUCCUCUUCCAAAGCCCUCUUGGUAGCUUGUGCUCGAGAGCAACCGACCAGCCGUCGACAUGAACUCACUGGUUUGCACCGUCUUCGUCAGCGCCCUACUGGGCAGCGCUCUCAGCGGAUUCGUCGGCGGCGGUGGCGGCGCUGGAGGCCUCGGUGGGGGCUAUGGCGGUGGCGGCUAUGGAGGCUAUGGAGGCUACGGCGGAGGAGGUCUUGGCGCCGGCGGCCUCGGAGGCUACGGUGGAGGUUUGGGCGUCGGUGGUCUCGGAGGAGGUGGCGCUGGUGUGGGUGUCGGCAGCAGCGUUGUCCUGCUGAGCGGUGGCGCGGCGGGUGCCAGCAAAGCCGUGGCCGGACCGGCGUUCUUGGUGCGCACGGUGCAUCACGUCUCCCAGGUUCACGGCGGCGGUGCCAUCGUGGCCCACUCGGGUCUCGGAGGCGUCGGAGGAGGCGCCGGCGCGGGAGGAUUCGGAGCCGGUGGCCUCGGAGGAGGCGUCGGCCUCGGAGGAGGUUACGGAGGAGCCGGAGGCCUCGGCGGAGGAUACGGUGGGGGCUACGGCGGAGGCUAUGGUGGCGGCGCCGGCGGUGGAGUCGUCGGCAAGCUGCUGCUCGUCAAGCACCACAAAUAAGCGCCCCCAUGCCCACCCUCAUUUUCUUUUCCCUCAAGCAGAGUGAAGAGGCGUCCAGUCCAAGCUGUGCAGCACCGACCUUCACGCCACAGCUUCGCCGACUCGCGCCUGUGAUCUAAGUCGAAGAAACCAUACUAUGUAUUCCUGAUGGAUGUAAAUACACAUCAGCUCGGAUGUUGCUUCCUGUUACAAAA